AUGCCUGUCUCACGCUCGUCAACUACGGAAUCUUCCGCCCCAAUCGCCUCUGCUGGCCCUUCAGAGGGGGUUGACAAGAACGGACAUAAAUUACACAAGCGGUCACGCUCAGGUUGCUUUACCUGUCGCUUGCGGAGGAAGAAGUGCGACGAAGCUCAUCCUACCUGCUCAGCCUGUGCCAACCUCAAUCUAAAAUGUGAAUACAAGCGACCUAUGUGGUGGGCAAGCGCAGAUCUUCGGCGACAGCACAAAGAGCGCGUGAAGAACAACAUUAAGCAUACCAAGAGUAUAGAGCGAAGAGGGUCCAAUCACUAUGAUCGCGUCAGUUCUCUCUCUCCCUCCAUGAUUGAAGAUUAUGACUUUAGUCGUCCGGGACCACGCAUACCCGACAACUUCGACCCUUUCGGUCCCAUUCCCCAGCCACCCGUUUUUCCUUCGGGAUCCCACUUGCCGCAAUAUGCCCCUUACGAGGUGGAUGUUCGGACUGAGCGACAAACAUUUGUCAAUGAUGUACCAAUGAGACAUGACUCUUCGGUUUCUACCUUUAAUGCUAUGGGACCCCCACAACUUCACCACACUCUCCCUACCUUCCAUGAAGAAGAGUGGUUUGAAGAAGAGGGCUUUAAUGGAUUUGAACCCCAUGAAACAUUUGAUCCUAGCACACUCGAUCCUAGCAUGGAUCCCGCUUUUCAAGCCUCGGCAUCGGUACCGGAAUCGGUACCACAGGCAUUUUUACCGCAAGCAUCGUUACCACAGCUACCAACACCAAAUCUUCUUCAAACAUCCAAAAUCCCAGUUGAUGACCUUGAUAGGCCACUCUUGGACCACUUUGUCAACCACGUGCUGCGUAUAAUUUUCCCCAUCCUCGAAGUUCACCAGCAAGGCCUCACUCGCGCGAAAGCCAUUCUCACAGCUCUCGAGACCAAUAAAGCCUACCUUCACAGUUGUUUGAGUGUUUCUGCCAUUCAUUUAAAGAACAAUGUUGGAUUAGUCCAUCCUGAUGUCGACAGUGACAUCAUGCGGCAUCGAUAUGAGGCCAUUUCAGCAUUAUGCACGGCUCUCAACAGCGAUAGCAAGCAUGAUGAAAUUUUGGAUGCUACUCUAGCAAUGAUCUUCUUUCACUGCUCUGUUGGCGGUCCUGAGGAUUGUUUACCUGACAUUCCCUGGAGUGAUCACUUCCAAGCGGCAUCCAACUUGGUGAACCGCCUUGAACUCCCUACUAAGCUUUUACCUCACAGUGCCGAGUGUUCAUCGGGCACUCCAUUUAGUAUGUCUCUGACAACAUGGAUUGACAUCCUAGGAUCCACAAUGAUGGGAACUACCCCCAAGUUUGCCCAUAGCUACCGGACCAAGCACCUCAGCGGACAGUCAUCUGGGCUACAGGAACUGAUGGGAUGCAAUGACCGAGUCAUGUAUCUUAUUGCCGAAAUUGCUUGCCUGGAUUCCUUGAAGUCCGAAGGCACAGUCGAUGACAUUACUGUUUGUCAACAUGUUUCAGCUCUUGCUGCCCAGUUAGAGUACAUUGAGCCCGUUGAUCCAAGCUUGGAUCAUCCCUACACAACCACUGGUACUAUUCGACCGGAAAAAUUGACCAAAACAAUGACCACUAUCUUCCGCAUCGCAGCUCGCAUCUACCUAUGCAGCCUUGUUCCCGGCUUUGACCGACACCAGAGCAGCAUUGUCGCUCUUGUAUCUUCUAUUUCAGCUGCUCUCCAGUACAUCCCUGCAGGGCCUUUCGGCUUCGAUCGCUCAAUUGUCUGGCCGCUGCUUAUUGCGGGUGCAGCUGCAGUGCCGGAAAGCGAGAUGCGCAACAUCCUAUGGGAACGAUCAGCAGCACUCGGCGACAUCGGGGACUACGGUAGCUUUGGUCGCAUGUUUCGUAUCGUUCAGGAAGUUUGGAGACUCACAGAUGAACCCCCGAUGGCAUCGCUGAGUAACUCCGAAACUGAGAACCAGCCCAUUGCAACUCGGAGCUUUGCUCCGACAUCUCCCGAGGCCGCUGCAUUUGCGGGACGAUCAAUCAAAAAGCAACAAGUCCACUGGCGUGAUAUUAUGACUCGCAAUGGAUGGAAGUACCUGCUGAUCUAA